CAAAACAAAGGAAGCCGGUGCUGCCUGCAGAGGAAGCAGGAAGCCGCCAGCCCUGGGCUCUGUGCUGAGCCUGGGUGCUGGAGCUCAGGGACAGCACUGGGACAGCGAGAUGGAGUCCGUGGCCCUGUACAGCUUCCAGGCCACAGAGAGUGACGAGCUAGCUUUCAACAAGGGUGACACGCUCAAGAUCCUAAACAUGGAGGACGAUCAGAACUGGUACAAAGCCGAGCUUCGAGGAGCUGAGGGCUUUGUCCCCAAGAACUACAUCCGUGUCAAGCCCCACCCAUGGUACUCGGGCAGGAUUUCCCGGCAGUUGGCUGAAGAGAUCCUGAUGAAGCGGAACCACCUGGGUGCCUUCCUGAUCCGGGAGAGUGAGAGUUCACCGGGCGAGUUCUCUGUCUCUGUGAACUAUGGGGACCAGGUGCAGCAUUUCAAGGUGCUGCGUGAGGCCUCAGGAAAAUACUUCCUGUGGGAUGAGAAGUUCAACUCUCUCAAUGAACUGGUCGACUUCUACCGCACCACCACCAUCGCCAAGAGGAGGCAGGUCUUCCUGCGUGACGAGGAGCCUCUGCUACAGUCGCCCCGCGCCUGCUUUGCUCAGGCCCAGUUUGACUUCUCGGCUCAGGACCCUUCACAGCUCAGCUUCCGCCGAGGGGACAUCAUCGAGGUCCUGGAGCGCCCAGACCCCCACUGGUGGCGAGGCAGGUCCUGCGGGCGCGUGGGCUUCUUCCCGCGGAGCUACGUGCAGCCGGUGCACCUGUGAGCUCGGCUGAACCCGCCCGGGGGCGUGUGCAGGAACGCAGGUCCCGUACAAGACGGACACCUCCUGCCUGGGUUACAAACAGCUCAGCAGAAAACGAUUGAACUUUGGGUCCGCGCUGCCUAGGGCACCUUCCCAUAAACUGGAACAGACCCCAACCACCCCUAAGCUGCCGCUGUAUUUAGUGUGCGCGGCAAGGUAGUUCCAGGAUUCUUGCCUGGCCUCUUUCCAUUGGCCACUACUGAUGUGACGUCACUGGUCGUACUCUUUCGAAGCCCCUCCUCUGCUGUCAGAGGUCAAAUCCUGUGGAGCAGCUGAGGACUCGGCUCAACUCAGAGUAUCUUGGGCUGAGUGGGUGGGUGGGCGCAAGUGCAAAGGUGAUGGAUCCCUUACUGUUGACUGCUUGCACGGACAGCUCUGAGGGGUAGACCCGGGCCCUGGAACGUGGGAAAUCCGGGCUGCUGUGGCUCUCAUUUGUCCUGGCUCUGCACACACCAGGGUCUGGGUACUUGUGGGGAGACGGGACAAUCCACAGGCCAGGGGGAUGUUGUGGCUGGAGCUGGAUUUUGGUCGGCAGGCAGCCUAGGUAGAGGCACAGCUUGAGUGGGACAUCCAGUUGGAAAAAAAAUGGACACCUUCGGGAGCAGGAAGUGGAACUUGGGAACUGGGGCUUGGGAAGAGUUGGAAUGCCAGGCAGUUGGGGAGGGGCCUUGAACAGAGUGCAAGGAAGAUCCCGCAUCCUCCAGGAGAAGGCAGGGCAGAAGAGACACCCAUGAGGCUCCUGCAGCCUCUUCAGGAGGACCUGUGUUGUAGGCAUGUGGGGCUUCCCCUCUGUCCAGGGCUGGCCUGAGACCCUAUGAGUACUGAGCCCAGCAAAUUCCACUGCUACUAACAUGGGCCUGUGUAUUCAAAAUAAAAAUUGUGGAACUA